AUGAUGGCCAUGAAGACCUUCACUCUGCUGCUUGUGCUCCUGUUCCUGACAGUUGGGCUCGGAGAAAAGGAAGAUGCUCAGUCCAGAUCCCAUGCCAAGUUUGGUGGCCCCCGACCUCGAGGCACAAGGUAUGCAGAGGGGACUUUCAUCAGUGACUACAGCAUUGCCAUGGAUAAGAUCCGCCAGCAAGACUUUGUGAACUGGCUGCUGGCUCAGAAAGGGAAGAAGAAUGACUGGAAGCACAACAUCACCCAGAGAGAGGCCAGGGCCUUGGAGCUGGCUGGGCAAUCUCAAAGGAAUGGAGAGACAGAAGAGCAGCAGGGCUCCCAGUUCAAGAAGAACCCCAGUGAUGAAGAUCUGCUGAAGGAUUUGCUGAUUCAAAAGCUGCUGGCUUGUAUGGUGGAUCAGACAGAUCUCUGCAGGCUAAGGUGCAGAAACAUCAGGCCUAGGAGGUCUUAG